CGGGGUAGCUCGAGUCCCGCCCCUCGGCUCUUGCAGGGGGAAGGGGAGGCGCAUGCGCACCCCGUGUUAGUGAUGGAGGAGAGAAGAUGGCGGAAGCGGAGUUUAAGGAUCACAGUGCAGCCAUGGAUAGCGAACCAAACUCUGGAACAUCUUCUGUGUCAACAACAGCCAGUAGCACUACCACCACCACCAUCACCACUUCCUCCUCUCGAAUGCAGCAACCACAGAUCUCUGUCUACAGUGGCUCAGACCGACACGCUGUUCAGGUAAUCCAACAGGCAUUGCACCGCCCUCCCAGCUCGGCUGCUCAGUACCUCCAGCAGAUGUACGCGGCUCAGCAACAGCACUUGAUGCUGCACACAGCUGCUCUUCAGCAGCAGCAUCUAAGCAGCUCCCAGCUCCAGAGCCUUGCUGCUGUUCAGGCAAGUUUGUCCAGUGGAAGACCAUCUACAUCCCCCACAGGAAGUGUCACACAACAGUCAAGUAUGUCCCAGACAUCUAUCAACCUCUCCACUUCUCCUACACCUGCUCAGUUGAUGAAUUGUUCCCAGGCUUCCAGUUCUACUAGUGGCAGUAUUACCCAACAGACGAUGUUACUAGGCAGUACCUCCCCUACCUUAACAGCCAGCCAAGCUCAAAUGUAUCUCCGAGCUCAGAUGCUGAUUUUCACACCCGCUACCACUGUGGCUGCUGUGCAGUCUGACAUUCCUGUUGUCUCGUCGUCAUCGUCACCUUCCUGUCAGUCUGCAGCUGCUCAGGUUCAGAAUUUAACAUUACGCAGCCAGAAGUUGGGUGUAUUAUCUAGCUCACAGAAUGGCCCACCAAAAAGCACUGGUCAAACUCAGUCACUGACAAUUUGCCAUAAUAAAACAACAGUGACCAGUUCUAAAAUCAGCCAACGAGACCCUUCUCCAGAGAGCAAGAAGGGAGGAAGCCCAAGUUUGGAAUCUCGAAGCACAGCAGUCACUCGGACAUCAAGCAUUCACCAGUUAAUAGCACCAGCUUCAUAUUCUCCAAUUCAACCUCAUUCUCUAAUCAAACAUCAACAGAUUCCUCUUCAUUCACCACCUCCUAAGGUUUCCCAUCAUCAGCUGAUUUUACAACAGCAACAACAGCAAAUUCAGCCAAUCACCCUUCAGAAUCCAACUCAAGAUCUGUCCCCAUCCCAGCACUGUAUUCCACUCCCAAACCAUGGCCUUUCUCCGGCUCCUAGUAAUGCCCAAUCACAGCAUUGCUCACCAAUUCAGAGCCAUCCCCCUCCUUUAACUGUGUCUCCCAACCAGGCACAGUCAGCACAGCAAUCUGUAGUGGUGUCUCCUCCUCCACCUCAUUCCCCAAGUCAGUCUCCUACUAUAAUUAUCCAUCCACAAGCACUUAUCCAGCCACACCCUCUUGUGUCUUCAGCUCUUCAAACAGGGCCAAAUUUGCAGCAGGCUACUGCUGAUCAGGUACAACCCACAGCACAGCUGAAUCUUCCAUCCCAUCUUCCACUUCCAGCAUCCCCUGUUGUACACAUUGGCCCAGUCCAACAGUCUGCCUUGGUGUCCCCUGCUCAGCAGAUUGUGUCUCCAACAUCACACCAGCAAUAUUCAACCCUGCAGUCAUCUCCACUUCCAAUUGCAACCCCUCCACAGAUGUCGACAUCUCCUCCAGCUCAGAUCCCACCACUGCCCUUGCAGUCUAUGCAGUCUUUACAAGUGCAGCCUGAAAUUCUAUCCCAGGGCCAGGUUUUGGUGCAGAAUGCGUUGGUGUCAGAAGAAGAGCUCCCUGCUGCAGAAGCUCUGGUCCAGUUGCCAUUUCAGACUCUUCCUCCUCCACAGACUGUUGCGGUAAAUCUCCAAGUACAACCAGCAGCACCCGUUGAUCCACCAGUGGGAAUGCAUUUGAACCAGUGUCAUCUGCACAAAGUUUUUUCUCUUAAGGUUUAUCAAGUAGAAGAUGUGUGUGAGGAAGAAAUGCCUGAGGACUCGGAUGAGUGUGCGAGGAUGGAUAGAACACCGCCACCACCCACUUUGUCUCCAGCAGCUAUCACUGUGGGGCGAGGGGAGGAUUUGACAUCUGAACAUCCUUUGUUAGAGCAAGUGGAGUUGCCUGCUGUGGCCUCAGUCAGUGCUUCAGUGAUUAAGUCACCAUCAGAUCCCGCCCAUGGCUCUGUUCCUCCACCACCACUCUUAAUUCCAGCUGCUGCCACAAGGAGCAGUAGCACAUCUAUGGCCAGCAGCACUCCCAACCUAGAAAACAAGCCUCCACAGGCUAUUGUCAAACCACAGAUCUUGACCCAUGUUAUUGAAGGCUUUGUGAUUCAGGAAGGAUUGGAGCCAUUUCCUGUGAGUCGUUCAUCUUUGCUGAUAGAACAACCUGUGAAAAAGAGGCCUCUUUUGGAUAAUCAGGUGGUGAAUUCUGUGUGUGUGCAGCCAGAGCUACAAAAUAACACAAAGCAUGCAGAUAACUCAUCUGACACAGAGAUGGAAGACAUGAUUGCAGAAGAGACAUUAGAAGAAAUGGAUAGUGAGUUGCUCAAGUGUGAAUUCUGUGGGAAAAUGGGAUAUCCUAAUGAAUUUUUACGGUCAAAACGAUUCUGUACUAUGUCAUGUGCCAAAAGGUACAAUGUUAGCUGUUCUAAAAAAUUUGCACUUAGUCGUUGGAAUCGUAAGCCUGAUAAUCAAAGUCUUGGGCAUCGGGGCCGUCGUCCAAGUGGCCCUGAAGGGACAGCAAGAGAACAUAUCCUUAGGCAGCUUCCAAUUACUUAUCCAUCUGCAGAAGAAGACUUGGCUUCUCAUGAAGAUUCUGUGCCCUCUGCUAUGACAACUCGUCUUCGAAGGCAGAGUGAGCGGGAAAGAGAACGUGAGCUUCGAGAUGUGAGAAUCAGGAAAAUGCCUGAGAACAGUGACUUGCUCCCAGUUGCACAGACAGAGCCCUCUAUAUGGACGGUCGAUGAUGUCUGGGCUUUCAUCCAUUCUUUGCCUGGCUGCCAGGAUGUUGCCGAUGAAUUCCGGGCACAAGAGAUUGAUGGACAGGCCCUGCUCUUGCUAAAAGAAGACCAUCUCAUGAGUGCAAUGAACAUCAAGCUGGGCCCAGCCCUGAAGAUUUGUGCACGCAUCAACUCUCUGAAGGACUCUUAACAGGAACCCAAGGCUUUCCUGUAAUAUCAGUUUUAUUCCUCUUAGUGGGUAAAGGUAAAGCCUCAUUUGGCUGAGAAUAUUAGACUGAUGAUGGAAGGCCAAGCACAUUGGGACUGCCACUUCCAGUGCCGACAUUUCUCUUCAGAUACCCUCACUCAUCAUACAUUUUCAUAAUUAGCCAACAUUGGUGAAGUUAAUUUUACCAAUUACAUACCACACUGAAAGACUUAUUACAGAGGCUCAUAUUUUUCAAAGAAACAUGUUAUACUAGAUAAUUUUUAAAGGUAAUAUUUAUCAAUUUAUCAUUAAUAUGAAAGAAUCGUUUAAAAAUAAUUUUUGAUUUACACCCCCCCCCCUUUGAUUCUGUUUUCUUAUAGGUUUUUCUACCCUGUUUGUUUUCCAAAGGUUAUCAUAGAGAUAUAGAGUAAUUUAGGAGCCCAUUGACAGAAUUGAAUGCAAUGAAAUAUCAGUAUGUUUUAAAAAACUUAUCUUCCAGACAAAUGUUUUGGCUGUGAAGAAAGAUUGUGUUCUUGCAUAAACAGUGUUUAUGGAGGUCACAAGAGACUUUCCUGCAAUCGGCAUAACUGAUAGUGGUUCUCUUGGUUUUGUACAUUAAGAGCAAUAGCUCUCAGUGGAGGUCUCUUUUUGUCCUCUAGGGGGCAUUUAGCAAUAUCUGGACACAUUCUGGUUGCCACAGCUUGUGGUUGAGUUUUGGGAGGGUUGUUACAGGAACUGAGGUGGUAGUGGCAGCCACAGAUGUUGCUGAAUAUCCCUCAGUGCACAGGACUAUUACCAAGAAUGAUACACUAUGGACACCAGUAGUGCCAAGGUUGAGAAGCCCUGGUGAACAGAGAGUGCUGCAUGUUGCUCUUUUUCACCUUCAGGGGCAUACUUAAAGAUAGGGUAUGAUAAGGAGUACAUGUUUAGUGAAGUAUUAUUCAGAUGGCAUUAAUGUUCUGAAGUUUUUGUUUUUUGUUUUUUUCCAGUUUUACUGUAUACUGGAAAAGGGAAGAAAAUCCAUAAAAUUGGUCUAUAAGAUUAGGUUAAUUUACAGAACAUGUGACUCUGAUAUGGCAUUGGCCCAUGUUCACCUUUUCCUGACUGUUGCUCUGCACUGAUGAAGGUGUAAGAUGCAGUCUUGCCUGGGAGCCUCUUCCAGCAAGGAGAGUUGGCAGUGGAGGUGUGAUCCCUUCCUCAUGCCUUUCUCAAAGCGACCCUGCUGAAUCUGUCUAUAAUGCACAUUUCUUUCUCCCUUUCUGAGUCCUUGGAUUCUUUCCACAAAGCAUUUAAAAUGAUUUCUCUUAAUCAAAAGUUUUUACUCAGCAGUUAUUUUUCUGUAGAGUUAGGACAUUAUGACAAAAUUUUCUGUGGGUACUCUGAGAGCCUUAAAGUGUGAGCAUCGGAAGACUUGAUGACAAGCUUGCUUUCUCUAUCUUUACUACAUCAUUGAGAAAUCAGAACAGUUAAAAAGGAGUGGAUAGCAGAUCCUUGGCCACAGAUGUAAGAGUCUGAGCUCACAUUUUCACUGCUCUAUUCAGAGAUUGUGUUGAGCUAAUAGAAGACUAAAAGACGUCACAAAGGUAUCACAGAUAUUUAUCUUUUGGCUUUGUGUACAUUAGAAAAUGUCAGUUAUUUUUAUACAAAAAUAUAGUGGGUAAUUUUUUUAAUCUUUAGAUGCCUCUUGUUUGAAUGUACGCUUGGUGGGAUUGUUAGUGUAGUAGUUUAAGAGGUGUUCACUGGUAGUCCUGUGUAGACUCAAAAUGUGUAAGUAGUGUGAGGCUCAUGUUUCAAACCUAAGGUAGUAUAAUCUCUGUUACAUAUUUCUUUAUAUCACAUUUUGUUAUUAAUGUUUCAAGGAAGAUAGGUAUUCUAUAGUCCAUCUCAUUUAUUAGCAAUGAGUCGUCAUGGCAGUUAUCAUACAUUUUCCCUUCAUUCUCCUAAACAGGCUAAGCAGCACUAAGAGAUUGCCUACUAUGUGAAGGAGGCACAAACGCACAUUUCCUCUGGAAUUAAAACUGUAUUGUAGUAAUCCAGUUAAUACAGACUUGAUUGUCCAGUAUAGACCUCCAGCAAUAAUGCUUCCCUCCUACAAAUACUUAAUAUAGCCUAUAACUCUACACUUCUACUAGAAUCAGCCCAUUGUGUGCUUAGGAGAAACCCCUGGGCCUAGCACUGUCUUUAAGCAUCCCUAAGCAUCUUACAAGAUGAGUUUCUAUUAGAGAAUGUCUUCUUGUCCAGAUCUUCUGUUGUCUGCACUUAAAUUCAACUAGAAAAUACACUUUUUUUUUCUACAAGUGGGUUGUUUUAUUUAGAAGUGGCUCAUUUGUUAUUUGGUAGUUCUCCCAUUGCUGCAGGUAUUUCUUUCUAGAUAAUUUAAUCAUCCUAAUUUGAAAACUUCAAUUACAUGUUAUGGGGACACACACCCUAUGUCCCCCUGUGUCCUGAGCAUUAGGCUGUUCAGUAUGGCAUAGAUAGGAAGGAUGCCAUUUUCUUUUCCUUUGUAGUACUAAGUUCUUUCUUGGAGAAAAAAAAAAAAGAUGACAAGCAGAAAGGGAACAUGGGUUCUUCCUAUUUUUGCUACCUGAGUUUGUAUUUCCUUACUUUAAACCCCCUUUUGCACUAGGAACCUACUUUUCACAUUUUAAGUUCUGUGUUCUUAGGAAAAUACACAGUUGGCUUGUAAAAGUUACUUUAUAUGACAAUACUUACAAGCUUUGUGUAGACAUUUGUGGGGCACAGCUACACAGCUUAAUUAUAAACCAACACAGCCCCAAGGAUGCUAUCUCCAUACUUGACAGCUUUGGUGACAUGCAACUGUGAUGGUUAAAUUCACUUCAUUUGCUGUGGAGUCUUUCUAAACAGAACUGUAAAGUCCAGGUUAAAGCUGUCACCUUCGAGGAGAGAUGCUAGUGAACGAACUAGAGUGGGCUAACAGGCAAAUGGAACUUCCCACUUGUUCAUUCCAUCAUUGCAACAUUGAACAAAUUUCUGCACUUUUGACAUUAAAAUUCAUGUUUUCCUAUAUAAAUAGAAGUGGUUUUCUGUGUUUUAGGAAUCCUGCUGCUUUCUUUUUGUUUCUUUGUAUUGGAAGACUAGUGUAUGAGACCAUGCCUUUGGAUAAUUUUUUUACGUGUCUUCAUAUAUUAAGUGCAAAAUUAUAGUCACUUACCUGUUUACAAAUAUCUUGGAUUGAAGUCUUUCACGGGACACAGUUUCUCACAAGUUUAGUUGUGUGCCUCAGAACUCAGAGCCCUUAAAAGGGCUCAGUGCUUUUCUGGACCAGAGUGGUAGGGAGGAAAUAUAGUCAAGUAAUUUUAGGCUUUGAUUUCAUGUGUGUAGGUGAUUUUAGAAAGAAGAAACUCUUACCGAUACAUGUGAAUGAAGCUGAUCUUGCAGCUAUGUCCAAUGUAUGCAACCUCGGUCAUACUGUUAAAGCAUUUCAAACAUGUUUUCAACAUGAGAGGCUGGCUAUAUGUGUGGUUUGAAGACUUUAUCCUUUGUGAAUGCCAGCAACAACUGCUGCCAACUGGUAUUGUUAGUGGCAUGGAAUGAAUGGCCUUGUCUUAUUUCCUUCAUUAACCCCCCUUUGUCCCCAACCCUACCCCAAAUAAACCACACAGGGCUUUCUUCUUAGUUCUUGGCUUGGGGUUGGGUAGCAUCCUGGCUUGGAAAUCUUCAUGAUUUUGUAACAAGGCUAGACCUUUAUAAUUUUACCAGUUGUAUUUCAAUGAAAGCCUUCUCCAUCUAUGCAAAUCAUUUCCUAGUUAUGUUUCUUGUGCACCAUAGGUCUGUGUGACUAGUUGUACCCUAACACGUUUUUUUGUUGUUUGUUUGUUUUGUUGGUGGUGGUGGUGUGGGGGGCAAAUAGGAAGGUGACACUGCUAGCUAAAUGAAGACAUUUAACGUGAUCCAUGGUAAUGGGUGGCUGGACUCCCAUUAUAGCAAUACAAAGGUCUUAGGGUAUGUGUUAGUUGUUUUGUUUGCUGGUACCAGGGACUGAAGUCAGUGUUUCACACUCCAUCCCUGAGCUUUCAUACUGUGUUUUUUGCUUGUUUGCCUAGACUAACCUGAAAUUGUUAUCCUCUGGCCUUUUCUCAAGUGCUGGAAUGAAGGUCUGUGCCACCAUGCCAAACCUAGCCCCUGGUGGUUUUAAAUGUCAAGAUUUUCCUGUAAUCAAAUAAGUUCUCUCUCUUAUCACCUGACCCUGCUGUGAGGCACUUUGAUGUUAUUAGUACCCAAGUGAGUGAUCCUGGAUUUCUGAAGAUAACCAGUAAGAAGGAGAGAGAGUACUGUUAAAAUUUACAAGUCUGUUGUGAGUGAGUGGCCAGAUUAGAGAGGAGUUUCCAAUUUAGAUACCACAGCUGAUGCAUGCAGUCUUGCAGCCGGUCAUGAAGAAAAGCACUGGUCAUGAAGAAAAGCACUGUAAGGUAGUUUGUUGUGUCUCAGUCUGAGGAUCGUUGACUGGCUGUUUCUCCUGACUAGGUCCCAGUAGGCACAGGCCUGCCUGUGUUCUUGGUGUAAAGCAGAAUGACUCAUGACAUGAACUAUUUAACUCACAAUCAUCAAUAUUGAUACUUUAUCCAUUUGGAGUAUUUUAUUUCAUCUCAAAGAUUGGUUUUCAAUUUAUAUGAGUAAAUAUCAGUAUUAGAAAUGGUAAAUUUUCUUAUUAAUAUUUAAUUUUAACCCAUUGAACCAUACUUCUUAAGAAAUUCUCUGGAAAGAUAUUUCUCUUGUGUUAGAUUAUAAAAUGCAUUAUCCUAUAGUUUAUAGCUGUUUCUUCAAUUUAAAAUGUUGGAAAUGACAUUAACUUUUUUAAAAAAAAGUUACCUAAAACAUUAAGAUCUUACAAGUGUGCAUAUUAGUUCUAGAAUUCAAUCUACUUUAGAAGUAUACUAAGAGAAAACUUUUCUUUUUGAAAGUCAGGAGGUACCAAGUGAAAUAUAAGUAUUGCCAUCAUGCUCCAGAAAAGAACAUUAGGAGCCCCUGCCCUCUGUAGUGAUGUGCUCCCAGCCUCCCUGAGACAGAGUCCCACAUGCACACACACACUUUCUGGCAAGUGCCAUAGUGAUGGGAAAUUAUUUUCAUGGGGAUUUUAUUGUUUUUCCCUUUUGAUAGGUUGCAGAUAUUUUUUUAUUUAAAAAUACAAUUUUAAUAAAAUGUGAGGUUUACAAUGAGCUUCUAACACCUUUUUUUAGGCCGAGGUCUUUCUAUUGCUUUUCAAGUGCUGUCCAUGAUAUUGCUGGUAUUGGGCAUGAAUCUAUAGAACGAUAAAACUUUAAAGAAGUAUGUACUGAAUGAAUUUUAAUUUUGAAAAAAAUCAGUAUAAAUUUAAAGAAUUAUGCUAACAUGGCAUAAUUUUAAUGAAAUAUAAGAGGGAUGUAGUUAAGUCCUUUUAUACUGUCUGAAUUAAUGCCAGUCAUCAUCUUAGAUAUUCAUAGUACCUAUUGCUUAUUGGCUUAAUGGAAUACGUCAGUGUUAACCUGUGCUUUGUAGACCUUUCUCUGACAGUGGUGAAGAGGGAUAGAGAUUAUAACAUCACUGGCACAAACAUGAACCCACUGUAGAAGGAAGGGACUUUUUUAGUCUUGCCUCAAGUAACCUAAAUAUGUACAGUGUUUAAAGCCCUUGUACAUAAUGCCUGUGUUAAAUGUUUGGUUGUACUAAAAAAUGAGCAAAAUUACUAUUUUUAUUCAGUAGUGAGUGACAUAAAUACAUUUGCUGCAUUACCAUGCUGAGUGGAGAUGAAACACUGUGGCUUUGAGACUUGGUAUUACCCAGAUGGCAAAUUAGCUGUGUGACACCUUGGGCAGUUGUUUGGCUUUUAAUCUCAUCUGAAUGAGUACCUGCACUACUAAAUAUGUUGACUUUUGGCAUAAGUCAUUAUUGAAGAAACACCUUCCCCAGCUCUAAAGUUACAUUCCUGAGCUACAUAAUCGGUAUUAAUUACCACUGGCCUGACUGAAUGGCACUCAUGCACUUAUUCAUCCAUUUGUAAACUAUUUGAUAACUUGGGUUGUGUGUAGCAUAUACAAGUAAAAAAAAAAAAAUCAAGUCUUCCCAAACAGCCUCACUGCUGCUUAAGCAUAUAUGUACUAACUCCCAGUUAAUGCCCUGUUGCCUGGGAACUGGGAUUCAAUGACACCCGAGGGUCCAAAUCACAUCCCCACUCUCAUACCACCUUUCACAUACUUCACAUCUGUUGACAACAGUAAGGACACCUACCAUAACCAACUCUGAGUGUUGUGACAGGCAGUGUCAGGGCUAGUCCUGUGCAUGGUAUGCAGCAGGAUGACAGAAGCUGAUGUGGAAUCAUUAUGCAUCUUUAGUUGCAAAGAUUUAUAUCCAUUAUUGAUUGAUAGUGGAGCAGUUGUCCAAAACAGACAUCUGAAAGGAGGUCAGGAGAACAGGCUGCUGCCACCGCUUUGUAGAGUUGAUUGCAUUGUGUGCUGCAGCCAGUCAGAAGGGGUGUACACUGCACCAUGAAGGAAGGCAGCACUGGUAACAAGGCAGGUCCUGCUGCGCCGCUGGCCAGCAUUUGAGGAGUAAAGAUGGAAUCAGAUUUAACUGGGUAAAUUCCCCUGUCACUCUGGGAUUCUGUGAAUCAGGUUGUAAAUUUUACUUUAAAUACUAACAUCAGUUGAUACUAACAUUCUUUAUAAAGAUAUAAAAGUAUAUUUUAAAAGCUUUUAUGUAUCAUAGCUGUAGCUUUUUAAGGUGGGAAAAUGUCCAAAUAAAGUGUCUGAUUACUAUAUAUAAUAGAUGCUUUCAAACAGGCUUUUUUUUUUAAGGUAUACUAAUCUAAAUAGCCCAAUAAUUUGGCCUUGUAAAUUGCUCUAUGAUGCUGGUUACUUUUAAAGUGCUUUAAGUUCUUUAAAGUAUACCUAAGUUGUAAAGUAUCCCAUGCUGUUUAGAUCUCUGUUGCAUUGAUGCUGUUUUUAUAUAUGUAUUCUUGGAACUUUAGGAUUCAGCCAAGAAUACAGAGAUUGAAAUUUGUUGUGUGAUUUUUCACAUUGAUCACCUCAUUCAAAAGAUGGGUCUCCUUUUUCUUUUUCCAAAAUUCUGAAAUUCUUGGGAAGUGCAGGAUUGUGCUACAAAUGAAGGUUGCAUGCUGCAGAUAGUUGUGCAUAGGGGCAGAUGCUGACAGGAGGAAAAGGCACUUCUUCAAGCCUCUUGAUUCAGUUAGAAUGUUCUGUCUUUUUACUGCUUUUAAUUUGGUUCACAGGAGCAAGCUGCUGUGACUUUUUUUUUUAUGUUUUAAGCACAUUUUUUUAAAAAUCUUCCUUUUGGUUCUUCCUAUUGUUCUAAAAUCAAAGUUUCAUAAUAAAAAAAUUCUCAGAUGAUGAUUCAUCAAGGAAAAAAGCACCACCAAGGGGGGAAAAUUUUUGUUUUAAUCUUAGAGAAAGCAAAUAUUAAGGUUCUAUGGAUGCGUCUUACAUGGGUGUUGUAUAGUCCUCACAGGAAAUGACAUAGUUAUAGCACCUUAGCAUAGACUUCCUAGACUGGUGUUCAUAGCUACAGUUUUACAAUGUAGAACCUGAAAAUGAAGUUAAUUUUGCAUUAUAAGAGCACACCAUUAUCUAUGUAAAAAGUGUUCAUUUGAUGUAUUUUUUUAAGAAAAGAGAAAGCACUUUCAUAUUAAGUCGCAUGUGUAUGAAUUUUAGACUUCCUGUUUGUGUGUCUAUUCAGUGACUAAAAUGGAGCAUCAGAUGUUUGCUGGCAACGUUAACUGCUAAUGGAAGCACCUUAUACUCUGCUGCUUACACUUGCUUGGAUUGCACCUUUGUCACCUGCACACUUUCACAUUAGAGUAUUGGCUUCGAGUGGCUCUGGGUGGAAGGUCAGUGGUGGGCCUACAGGAUCUUUUAUUUAUGUUGUUUAUAUUACAAUAAUAUAUUGUAGACCAGUUGUAACUUCAGUUCUUUACAAAUAAAAACCUGACUGGUUAUUGCA